GUCAACUUGGAGGCCGCGCGCUUCCCGCUCGGACACGCCCGGAGGUGCGGGGCCAACUGGACGUCGCUAAGCGACGGAGAUGCACGCACCGAGCGGCAGAUGUGCUGAGAUCGCUGCGGGAUGGACCGCAGCCUUCCAGCUUCCUCCUUCCUAGACCGCCCCUUUGGGGAUACUUCCCUUCAUCGAAGCCACUGCUGGCCAUCCAGAAGCCAGACCAGACACCCCAAGCCCCCAAGUUCAUCCAGAUCCUCAAAAUCCAGGCUCCCAAAAGCUUCCGAGGCUCCGGACACAGGUCCCAGGAUAUCUGAGCAGACUGAGGAGUCCUGGCCGUCCAGUUCAGGGACAUCUUCCCCACCCAGCACCCCGGAAGGAAAGAUGGGAACCUCUCCACCACCCAUCCUGACUGACAGUGGAGACGACUCUGUGGUAGCCAAAUACAUUAACAGAUUCCGCCAGGCUCAACCAACAAGCCGAGAGGAGCGCCAGCCUGCAGGUCCAACUCUAGCUGACUUCUGGUGGCUUCAGCCUGACUCUCUGGAGGCCAGCAGCCAACCUGUAACAGCAGGAACCAGUGAACCAGAAGGAAGACCCAACACAGCAACUCCAGCUAUUGCCAAGGUGGCCAGUGCAGCGCAGGCCAAGGCCAUGGUUCCUCUUCAAGAAAUAAAGCAGAGCCUCAACACAUGGAACUCAUCCCUGCUGGACCUGGAGACACUGAGCCUGCAAAGCAGAGCUGACACGCUGCUCAAACGCAGCAAGGCCUCGGUCUCCUCCUCCUCCCUCAGCCCUAGUGAUGCCAGCGUCUCCUCAUUGCCCAUUAGCUCUGAUGGCCUUUCUCCCUUCUCCAUGGCCUUCACCACUGACUCCAGCAAGGACUGCCACCCCCGGGUAUCUGCCACCCCAGCAUCGGACCCCAUCCCUGCUCCAGACCCAGUCCCCUCCCAGCCACCCCUGAGGCCAGAGGAUGAUAUAUUGUACCAGUGGCGGCAGCGGCGAAAACUUGAACAGGCUCAGAAGCUCCAGCCAGCUCCAAAGUUUCAACAGGCUCCUGGAGGCCAGGAAGACAGAGCCUGCAUGUGGCCUCAGGCCCCCACUGUCCCCCCUCCAGUCUCUGUCCCCAUCUGCCCACAGCCUCCGCCUGCACCUGCGCCGACCCUUGCUGCCCCAGGAACCCAGCCUCCCUGUGUCCCACUGUGGGGCAGCGUGCCCCCGCCGUGCCCCCCAGAGCCUUUCUAUGUGGGUAGACCUCCUAUUCCCCCAGCAUUCUCGCCACAGUUCUUCUGGGGCCCUAGCCCUCCUGGGUUUUUCUGGGCCCCCCAGUCUGGACCCUGGGUCUCUCUCGGGGCCAUUCCUCCUAUUCCUCCAGUGCCCGCCCCCACUAUCCCUGCUCCCUCGGCCUCCACUCCGGAGCCUCCUGCCGGCCCCCACGGAGCCUCGACCCCUGCUCCAAGCAGCGUCCCCCAGGCUCAGGGGGAGGGCCACAAGCCUCAGAGGGGCAGAGCUCCGCGUCGGGAAUCAGCUGGGUCCGCCAGAGCUGCUGACGAGGGCCCUGCGCCCCAGCUUCGAGGCGCGCUGGGUCAGGUAGUGUCCGCACGCCUGUUCGCCGACUGUCCGGAGGACACGCCCCCUCGUCCCGAGGCCCCGCUGCCUCCGCCCUCCCAGUCUCUCGAAGCCUCUGCCACUCCCUCCCCUACCCAGGCGAUGCCCUCUCUCUCCGAAUCGCCAAAGGGGUCAUCUAAGGUUCGGAAGGCCAGGGCCACGGCUCUCCACGUGGGGUCGGACGGAAAGCUCCGCUUGGCGGGAGCCUCCGACCCACCCGCCCAGAUGCCUCCGACUGCCGUUGGGAAGGAGUCCGCUCGCGCCAAGACCCCGCCCACUCGCUCCAAAGCUCCGCCCACUCCGCCCCAAGCCCCGCCCGCUCCGGCUCGCGCGGGUUCCCUGGAGACCGUGGCCACGCCCCCGCUCGCUGCUGGCCACGCCCCCUCGGAGGACCUCCUCUCCCAAGCGGCCAGGAUUCUGGAGGCCGCGGAAGACUCUGACGGCAGUGACUUCCGGGACGAUCCUGUGUUGCGAGUGCUAAGGAUUCAGAGAGCAGAACUGCGGCGCCAGAAAAGGCAAGUGGAAGCCCAUUUGUCUCGCCUACUGAGCAACGCUGAAGACCCAGGGUGUUGAUCUGCUCCAGCCUAGCGCCAAGGAGAUGACUCUGAACUACACAUUCUACUU